UUUUUUUUUUUGCCUUUGAGGUUGCCAAAUUUGUUUGUGCUUAAAUUAAAGAGCAGCGCACUUCAGUAACAGUGUCUUCAGCAAACUUCACAAUGGAAAACAUCACAGGCCAACUUACCGAGAUUUUCUCAUCCCUUCCCGAGGGUAACCUCCCCAGAUGGCUUCUGUUCACAUCUGCCUUGGGCAUCUUCAACAGUGUUCAAAACUACUUCACUUCCAAGCUCACCAAACAAGUUUAUGCUAAUAAGGCAAACGAAGUAACUCCAUUGGCUGGUCGUUUGUUUGCCACAUGGACUUGGUCCGUCAGUAUGAUCCGCAUCUACGCUGCAUUCCAUCUUAACAACAAGAUUAUGUACGACCUCGGCAUCUGGUCCUACACCAUUGCUUUAACUCACUUUGUUAGUGAGUUGUUCAUUUUUGGAGGAUGCAAGAUUAACGUUCCUUUCAUGUCACCUAUGAUUGUUGCUGUUACAUCUCUUACUUGGAUGAUAUCCCAUUACGACAAGUAUGUUACCAACUAGUUAAUUAAUAAAGUAUACAGUAUGAAGUCGGAAAAAGGUUUCGUAGCUCUUGAUUCGAUGUACAAUAAAAGGUAGUUGUAAUUUGGUAUCAAGGCAGGCGGUCUUUAACGCAGCCAAUGUAAAAUAA